AUGUCCAACCGAAGCACUGUGACCGAGUUCCUUCUCCUGGGGUUCUCUGACGUCCGGGAGCUGCAGAUUUUGCACUUUGUGGUGUUUCUAUUGAUUUAUCUAGCAACCCUGGUGGGGAACCUUCUCAUCAUCUCAGCCAUAGCCCUUGACCACGAUCUUCACACCCCCAUGUACUUCUUCCUGGUGAAUCUGUCCAUCCUAGACCUCGGCUCCAUCUCUGUCACCAUCCCCAAAUCCAUGGUCAACUCACUCCUGGACACGAGGUCUAUUUCCUACCCAGCCUGUGUUGCCCAAGUCUUUCUCUUUUUUGUCUUCACUUCAACUGAUCUUGCCUUACUCACCGUCAUGGCCUAUGACCGAUACGUCGCCAUCUGCCAGCCCCUGCAUUACGAACGGGUGAUGAACAGGAGAGCCUGUGGUCAAAGGGCCGCCAGUGCUUGGCUCGCUGGUAUUGUCUACUCUGCCCUGCACACUGGGAACACCUUCACGUUACCCUUCUGCCAGUCCAACGUCAUCAACCAGUUCUUCUGUGAAAUCCCCCCGCUCCUCAAGCUGGCCUGCUCUGACUUGGACCUCAGUGAAAUUGCGCUUAUUGGCUUUAGUGUGUUCUAUUCUGCCCUGCACAAUGGGAACACCUUCCGGUUACCCUUCUGCCAGUCCAACGUCAUCAACCAGUUCUUCUGUGAAAUCCCCCAGCUCCUCAAGCUGGCCUGCUCUGACAUGGACCUCAGCGAAGUUGCGCUUAUUGGCUUUAGUGUGCUUUUAGUAUGA